AUGCAUGUCCCUGCCUCCUCGUCCCACCUGCUUCUGCCAUCCUUGCUGCUGGGACUCACAGCAGUGGCAGGUGAGGUGGAGCUGCAGGUGAUUCAGCCUGAGAGAUCAGUGUCAUUUGCAGCAGGAGAGACGGCCACUCUGCGCUGCACCGUGACCUCCCUGCUCCCCGUGGGGCCGGUCGAGUGGUUCAGGGGAACUGGGCCAGGCCGAGAGUUAAUCUACAGUCUCAGAGGAGGCCCCUUCUCCCAAGUAACAACUGUUUCAGACUCCAUGAGGAGAAACAACACGGACUUUUCCAUCCACAUCAGUAACAUCACCCCAGCAGAUGCUGGUGUCUACUACUGUGUGAAGUUCAAGAAAGGAGAACCUAACGACGUGGAGGUGAAGUCUGGACCAGGCACCUGGCUCUUUGUGCGUGCUAAGCCCUCUCUUCCAGAGAUUUCUGGCCCCUCCAACAGGGCGAGCCCAGGCCAGAUAGUGAAUCUCACCUGCACAUCAACUGGCUUCUUUCCCAAAAACAUACAUCUCAAAUGGUUUGAAAAUGGUGUGGAGCUUAAAGCCCAUCAGACCCUCAUCGUUCCGCCUGCAGAUGCUUCCUCCUACACCAUCAUCAGCACCACCCUGGUGACCCUGGCCUUGUCCUCACUCCACUCCCAGGUCACCUGCCAAGUGGAUCACAGUGAACUGCAGAGUCCCCUCAGUGGGCAUGUGAACAUCUCCAAAUUCCUUCAAGCUGUUCCCACAGUGAAUAUGUCGGUGCACCACAUUCCAAGCCUCCAGGUGGCCAUCCUCACCUGUCAUGUGCAAAGGUUUUACCCUGAAGGCAUACAAAUCACAUGGCAGGGGAGGAAAGAAUGCUUCAAUACCCAUGAGGCUUUCAGCCCCACCAAGAACCCAGAUGGCACAUUCAGCCAAGACAAUCAUAUCCUGGUCAGCACCUCAGAGGACAAAAGGCUGUUCACCUGCCAGGUGUGGCGUGAGGCCCAGACACUGGUCCAGACCAGCAUGCAGCUGAGUGAGCUUACAGAACAGCAGGCGAGUUUGGCAUUUUCUACUCCCAAUAGAGUGGCUUCAGCUUCAACAUCUCCAUCCCAGCCUCCAGUGCUGGGAGCCUUGGGGAUGUCUUGCCUCUUUCUCCCCAAGGAUGAGUAA